AUGGCCGAGCCGAAGACCAUUGCUCUCUUUGGGUCGACCGGGUUUCUGGGUCCAUACAUCACAGCCUCUUUACUCCAAAAACACAGUUGCGCCAAGAUAUUGUGCCUCAAUAGGAGUGAGGAUGGAGAGCAGCGUACUACAUCAUCUUUGCAGCGCAUAAGUAGCGACAACCUCGCAAGUUCUAGCCGUCUCCACUUUAUGACAACCGAAAUCACAAAACCAAACCUUGGACUGGACGAUACGCAGUACAAUCAACUCGUAUGCGAAGUCGAUGAAAUCGUCUUCAACGCCUGGAACGCAAACUGGGCCGUACCCCUAGCAAGGUUUGAGCCACUCCUCAACGCCGUACGCAACGUCAUCAAAGUAGGUAUCGGCAGCCCCAGAAAGGCACGUGUAACAUUCAUUUCAUCAAACUGCUCAAUCAUGAACUGGCCAAGCCGUCAUCCCGAACAACCACUCAUACCCGAAGAACCUGCUUGGGAAUAUGCCAGCGCUGCGGAUAGCGGGUACGGACAGAGCAAAUGCAUCGCUGAGCAACUUCUGGCCCGCGCGAACCUAGAUUCCGGCGUACGCAUCGCCAUCGUACGUGCAGGCCAGAUUGGUGGACUGUCGUCUGCGACUGCUAGUUCCCCAGGCUGGCCAAUACAAGGCUGGCUAUGGGUCACUUUCAAGACAAGCCAGCAACUAGGUUGCUGGCCUGUUCACAUGAACGCUGUCGACUGGAUUCCUGUCGAUGCUCUUGCAGAAGGCAUCACCAACAUUACACUUUCGCAGCCGAGUAACAACGACGUGACCAAAGUAUACAACAUGAUGCAUCCUAACCCCGCACCUUGGGUUCUUCUGCACAAUGUCUUGACUGAGAAGUUUGGUUUGGCGGUCAAGGGUGUUACGCUCCCGCAAUGGCUUGGCCUACUUGAUCCGAAAGUGUUUAAGAUGCAUGGUUUCAUGGCAGCAGCGGGCGAGGGGAGGGAGCAAGAGGCCAUGGUCUUUCAUAAUAAGAAUGCGCUGGAGAUGUUACCAAAGGUUGAGAAUCUUACGGCGAAGCAGAUUGAGGUAUGGCUCAAAGGGUGGAAAUUGAGACUCGGCGAGGCAAGGGUCAGGCUUUGA